UUGGAAGGAGAUAGGUCGUACAUGUGAAUGUGAUGUACGCCGCGAAACUCGUGUAGAAACCCUGCUUUAACUCGAAAGCGUGUCUGUAUAAUAAUUCUGUACACGGCGAGCUCGACAUCGCGGUUUAUUAUAGUAUUAAAUUUUAUUACUAUUGUUUUAUCACGUGAAACGUGUCUUUGCAGAAUUCUGUGGCCGAAAAUUUCCGUCAAUUGUGCGUCGUUGGUCGUCGGUGCUCGACUACUGCUGCCGCAGUGAAUUCCAAUUCAUCAUAUCAACAUCAACGUAGCUUUCCGGUGUUUUCGUCUUGAGUCAUCCAACGAGAUGUAAAAAGUUCAACCCAGACAGAUAACUCUUAUCUUCGCCUAGUUUCUAACACAUAUCUACCUGAGCAGCCUACGCAAAUUUGUGAUGUCCUUACCUGGAAAUUACGCUGAUUUGGAAAAAUCCGAAGAAAUCACACCGGCAGACGUAAUCGAAAAUCAAAAAUCAGAAUGCAAACUUUACAGAAGAAGAUGGUUCCUUUUAAUUCUAUUCGUCGUGUAUUCGAUGUCAAAUGCUAUGCAAUGGAUUCAGUAUUCCAUAAUUGCAAACGUUGUUACCAAAUAUUAUCACGUCGAUUCGUUCGCAGUCGACUGGACAUCGAUGAUUUACAUGAUAACGUACAUUCCGUUGAUAUUUCCAGCUUCCUGGUUGCUCGAUAAACUGGGGAUCAGAAUAGCCGUAUUACUGGGAGCUAUUGGAACCUGUGCCGGUGCUUGGAUAAAAGUAUUCUCAAUCGCUCCCGAUAGAUUUUGGGUUACGUUUAUUGGUCAAACGGUGGUAGCAGUUUCGCAAACUUUCGUGCUUAGUUUACCAGCCAGAGUGGCCGCUGUUUGGUUCGGUCAAAAUGAAGUCUCUUCGGCGUGCUCAGUCGGCGUAUUUGGUAAUCAGCUCGGUGUAGCCGUUGGUUUUGUUGUGCCACCGAUGCUGGUGCCGAAUAGCGAAGAUGUACGAGAUGUUGAGAAUGGCCUCAAACUAAUGUAUUAUUCGGUCGCCGUUAUAACGACGGUUAUUUUAUUUUUAGUUAUUUUAUUCUUUGAAGAUAAACCAGAUUUACCUCCUAGUCCUGCACAAGCUGCUCAAAAAAGUGGCUCAGAUUCCAACGAUUUUAUCACCUCAGUCAGGCGUUUGGUAACGAAUAAAGGAUACGUUCUGUUAUUAGUGUCGUAUGGAAUUAACGUAGGAGUGUUUUAUGCCAUUUCUACCCUAUUGAAUCAAGUCAUUCUUAUUUAUUAUCCUGGCAAAGAAGAAGAUGCCGGACGUAUUGGUCUAGUCAUAGUUUUAGUGGGCAUGCUGGGCUCUGUAUUUUGUGGAUAUAUUCUGGACAAAACUAGAUUGUUCAAAGAAACUACUUUAACGGUUUACGCAUUUUCUCUACUUGGAAUGUUAGCUUAUACUUUCACCCUGAACUGUGGCAACAUCGUAAUUGUUUACUUAACAGCGGCUUUGUUGGGCUUCUUUAUGACUGGUUAUCUGCCUGUUGGAUUUGAACUGGCAGCCGAACUUACGUAUCCCGAACCGGAGGGUACCUCAGCUGGAUUGAUCAACGCCGGAGCGCAAGUUUUCGGAAUCACAUUUACCAUGAUGUACGGCUGGUUGAUAUCCAAAGCUGGCGACUUUUGGGCGAAUAUAUGUUUAAUAUUGAUGCUUCUCUGCGGUACUACACUCACGGCGUUUAUUCCUUCGGAUUUAAGACGACAGUUAGCUAGUCAAAGCACCUGACAGUUAUGUUUUGACAAUAAGUAUUAGACAACUUUCAUUCAUUUUAGAUUUCCAUUAUUUUAUAAAAAUACCUAUGUAACUACCUAAGCAUAUCGACAACAGUACCUAAAUAAGUAAUAAUUGUAAAAGCAAGCAAGCAAUUUUUAGUACCUAAUGUCUCUCGACUCGAUGGCUCAUGGCUAUGCAGUUUUUUUUCCUGUUUGUUUUGUGUGUGUAAUACUCAUUCCUAUAUACAUGUUUUGUGUGCGUGUACGAUGAGACCUCCCCCUAUUGUGUGUUUAUUCGUAUUACAUUUUUUGUUGUUGUUAAAUUUUUUUAUGCAUCUUGUUAUACAUAUCAUUAAUGUAUAAGUUAGAUUUUUUUUUAAUUACAUGAGUGAGCGAUCAAGUAUUUACAUAUCAUACAUCAUAGACAAUAACGAGGUAUUCAAUUCUAUCGUUAAAACAUUUAAUAUUUAAAUUAUUUGAUUGUUGAAUAUUUAUUUUAUGAAUAUACAACUUUUCAAAAUGUUAUCAGUGUGAAA